AAUCAACCCAGACUUCCGGAGGAUAAUCCAAACCCCUUUUUAUUCAGCCAAAGCUAAUCCAAACCCCUUUUUAUUCGGCCAACGCUGUGGACGCGUUUGUCUUCUUUACAACGCAAAACAAUUUUCUUCGCUUGCAGAAUUCGGAGAUCGGAACCUCCAAAGCAGAUUCUUCUUCGAAGAUCAGAAAAUGUCUUCCCUUGCAGCUGCCAGAGCAGACAAUUUUUACUAUCCUCCAGAAUGGAGUCCAAACCAGGGAUCCCUGAACAAGUUUCAUGGUCAACAUGCUUUAAGAGAGAGAGCAAGGAAGAUAGACCAGGGCAUCUUAAUCAUAAGGUUUGAAAUGCCUUUCAAUAUAUGGUGUGGAGGUUGUAAUUCUAUGAUUGCAAAAGGAGUGAGAUUCAACGCAGAGAAGAAGCAAGUUGGAAAUUAUUACUCCACCAAGAUAUGGAGCUUUACCAUGAAAUCUGCAUGCUGCAAACAUGAGAUUGUCAUUCAAACCGAUCCAAAGAACUGUGAAUAUGUAAUAAUUAGUGGGGCACAGCGUAAGACUGAAGAUUUUGAUAUUGAGGAUGCGGAAACAUUUGAACUGCCUGCAGAUGAAGAAAGAGGCAAGCUUGCGGAUCCAUUCUACCGUCUUGAGCACCAAGAAGAGGAUUUGAAAAAGAAAAAAGAAGCUGAGCCAGUACUCGUGCGUCUCCAACGGGAGUCUGAUGCCCGGCAUUCAGACGACUAUGCGCUCAACAAGGCCCUUCGUGCGCGACUAAGACAACAAAAGAAAAGGGUCACUGAAGAAGAGAGAGUCUCUAGGAAGAUGGGCCUAGGGAUACGACUACUUCCAGCAUCAGAAGAAGACACUGCUGCAGCAGCACGUGUCAAGUUCUCCAACAAAUUUGAAAAGAAUAAGAAAGAAAAGCGUGCAGCAAUCAAUGCCGCCCCAAUUUUUUCCAACUCAUUAGGUUCAUCAUCCAUAAAGAAGCGACUAGAACUCGAGUCCAAAAGGAGAAAAAUAAUGGCUGGGGCUGCAUCCAACCUACUGGCUGGGGGAUACAAGCCGUCCGCAUGGUCUUUGACUUGAUUUCUAUGGCGGAGCAGAAGGGAAGGUCUGUACUUAACAUUACAGCAAUGAUUAAUGAAAUUUAGAGAUUCCACUUCUGAUCCUGGAUAGUCUGCUGAAUAAUGCUGAAAUUCAGGAAGCCACUCCAGGAAGCUGUUUAAUAUAGGGAACACUUCUUUUUGUGUGGUGGUCUUUUUUAGAUGAAUGAAUGAUGUAUAAAUUUAGAUGUGUAUAGCUAGAAACUACAAUUCUAUGGCUGUUCUUUUAUUGGAGUUUAGCAAAGCUUUCUGUGUUUUUGGAGA